AUUUCCUUUAAUAUGUUCUAUGAGCUGUGUCAUGUCUAAUCCUGUUUAUCUUUUGAAAGAACGCAACAGGUGUGGGGUUUGCAGGGAGACCAUGUUUUAAAUGCGGGGAAAGAACUUUAAAGUAGCAGAUAAAUACGUGAGACAAACCAAUAUACUAUUAAUUUAGGGUCAUAUCCUUCUCUUGGCUACACCAAGGUAGUUCUGGAUUAAUUCUGCUGGCUCUUUUAGAUCUGAUUUAUGCUGGGAUAGCUGAAUUCAGAAUUAGACCCUUACUAGAGGUUAUACCAGAACAAUACAUGUCUCAGUAUCUUGCAGAAAUUGAAUCAAAUUCACAUCUGUAUCUAGAGAAGAGGGAAGUCAAGGACACGCAUGCAUGUUUUAUACUCCAUUCCUCUUUUUUCCUCUGUAUCCCUUUCCCAAUUGUCUCUCUGUCUCCUCUUUCUUUUCCAUAUUUCCCUUGCUCUCAAGCACUUUCAUUAUUUGUCCACAGAGGAAUGGGAGCAAGAAAUACUUUUGAUACAUAGUGUAUACGUAUGUUGUAGACCGAGAGUUAAUUUUUCUCCCUAUAGGCCAAAUUCUUCCCAGUAAUGCAGAAAGUAGAAGGCAGCCCUGCAUAUCAGCCCUGUAAAGUCACACCCGUGUAAUGGGGGAGAGAAUUUGUUCCUGUGCAUUUUACCUGCAUGCAUUUAUGUAUAUCCAUUAUAUGUUUGAGAGAGUUUCUCUGUCUGUUUGCUCUAAAUAGUAAGAACGAGGAACACCAAAUUCUCAAUGCAGCUUCAUUGUAUCCUAAUUUGAAACGUCAGGCUUUGGUUGUGCCAGGAAAAUGGGAUGUGUCUGGAAUGAGAUUGCUUCUCAUAAAACCAUGCAAAAAAGAGACAGAAUCCCCAGGCAGGUGCAAGGAGCUGUCUAGGGGUCCGUCCUCCCCCCGGUCCGGGACUGCCCUAGCCUUGACCUCCCCCCCAGGUGUACUUUAGGGAUGGCUCGGGGAGCUGAAGCUUCCCCUCCCAUUCGUACAGGAACAUUGCUGGCUGUUCCCCUUCAUUUUAUUUUCCAAAAAAACCAAAAAUUGAGUUAAGGACCGAAGCAAUGCUGGGUUCUACUAAUUUAUAUAGGGCUCAGUCAUGACCCACAAAAGACCAUGGAAGUUCAGUCAGUACAGGAUGGGGCCCAUACUUUGUGGUCUAUUUGGGGACUAUGGAAGAUUAUCAAUAAGCACAUGAUAGAAAAUACUGCACUGGCUUUCUAUCAGAUGUAAAAAACACUUUUAUUUUGCUCUCCCCGUUGUCUGAGUUGAUCUGUAUUUUUCAUGGAAAAUCUAACACGCACAAAAAUCCCAGGCUCUUAGCUAGAUGUGCAGCCUUCCCUGCAUUCAGCAUGUAGCAGAAACUCACCGUUUGGGAGUGUAACGGUAUGGCAGCACGAAUCUAAAACUCCAACUUGAUUGUGCAAUUCAUUAUGUCACACCGAUGAAGUCAUUGGAGCUGCUUCCAUUAGGACUGCUUGCAUGAGCGAGAGUUUCUAGAGUCUGCUAAGUCUCCCUUUCUUUCCUCUUCAGAUUACAGUUUUCAGUUUUCUUCAGGGAAAGUCAGUAGCCAGUAUGUUUUCCUGAAGCUGGGUUCAUUCCAGAGAAAAGCAUUUUAUGAAAGAGAACGAUUUAUGUUUAAGAAUUAGCCUCUGACACUGAAAAAUGUUUCCAUCUCCUGAUUCUUGAUAAUUUAUGUGAACUAAAUAUGCAUGAUCCAGUAUCUUUUGUAAGACUGAAUUUCUCUCUCUCUCUCUCUCUCUCUCUCUCUCUCUCAUAUCAUAUCCUCCUUUUGAAUGCUUAAAUUGCUACAGAGAAUGACAUGGCGGUUGGUUGCCUUGGAAUUUCCCUCAGGGAUUGUUCCUUGAAAUCAGAUACUUUUGUCAGGGACUUUAACCUGGACGGCCUCCGUUCGUUGUCUGACCGCAAAGAGACAGGCAACACCAGCAAGAUCCAAUCACAAGCUCUUUAUUGAAUAGUGCGCACUACAAUAGAGAGCGGCCCGUCUCCCAAGGGAACCAGCCCUGAUUUCAGUAACAAGGAAAAGAAGAUGGGUCAAAAGCUAUUUAAGAAAGCAUUUUCAUAUCCUGGGCUGCACCGUGGUGCUGUCUUUUAGCCUUGGCUACUUUUGAUCUCCAUGUUUGACAUGACAUUUGGAUUUAAUGUGCAGGAGUAUGUCAAAUGAUACCUGCCAGGACACACCAUCCAAGAUCAUUGAAGCACUGAGAAAGAUUUACUCAAGGCCACAGAUUCUAAAGCCACUGAGACCAGACGUCCUUGUGAUGACUCCAUGGUUUGUGCCAAUAGUUUGGGAAGGGACCUAUAACCUCGAAAUCCUGAAUGAGCAGUUCCAACAAAGGAAUAUCACUGUAGGACUGACAGUGUUUGCGAUCAAAAAGUAUGUCGUGUUCCUCAAGACAUUUUUAGAAACUGCAGAGAUGUACUUUAUGGUUGGACAUAAGGUAAACUAUUACAUUUUCACAGACAGACCACAAGAAGUUCCUAAAGUUGAGCUCAAAGAAGGAAGGAACGUAGUAGUUCUGCAAGUCCAAAACUACUCGAGGUGGCAAGAAAUCUCUAUGCGACGCAUGGAAAUGAUCAACCACUUCUCUCAGAAGCAGUUUAUUAAUGAGGUCGACUACCUUGUGUGUGUUGACGUAGACAUGAGGUUUAAUGACUUAGUUGGAGUAGAAAUCCUGAGCAACUUGUUUGGCACACUACACCCAGGAUUCUACGGUUCAGAGCGUCGGUCUUUCACCUAUGAACGUCGACCUGCUUCUCAAGCUUAUGUGCCCCAUGAUGAGGGUGACUUUUACUAUGCUGCAGCAUUUUUUGGAGGAACAGUAAAGGAGGUUUACAAGCUGACCAAGAAAUGCCAUGAAGCCAUCAUGGUGGACAAAGACAAUGGAAUUGAGGCAAUAUGGCAAGAAGAGAGUCACUUAAACAAGUAUUUUGUUUACCACAAACCAACUAAAAUACUUUCCCCAGAAUACCUGUGGGAUGACAGUCUAGGUAGGCCACAGAUCCUUAGGAAAAGAAGGUUUCUUGCUGUACCAAAGGACCAUGAUGCAAUCAAAAAUAAAUGAAGUUUGUGACAGCCCCUCUCCCCCAUGUUUAUGAAGUUGAUUUAUGGAUACAAAUAUGUGUAGCUCGAAAGUGCUUUGGACAAAAUACCACGUGUAACCUAUCAAUUUUAAGGUCACAAUCUGCUGGAUCUGACCUUUAUCUUAUUUUCGUGCAUGUAUCAUUCUUGUAUGUAAAGUUAGAAAUGUGGAGUAUGGAAAGGCUUAUGGUAGAGGUCAGCAACCUAUGGCUUGCGAGCCAAAUAUGGCACACUAGGGAGCCAGAUAUGAGUCUUUUGAAACUCAAGCCCACCCCCUUUUGCUCCCCAUGCAGCAGGGAGUCUGUUGGUGCUACAGCAGGGCUGGGUGAAACAAUCCGGCUCCCAGACGUAGCAGGGACUCCCCUGCUUGCCCCACCCCCACAUGAUGCUCAGAAAAGCAGGUGAGGGGCUGUUUGUGU